AUGGUGGAGAAAUUUAAAGAAGAACUUUCUAGUUUAAAUAAAUCCUUAGAAAAUACUCCUAACAAUGCACAAGCACUCAGUGCCAGGGGUAAUAUUUACAGAAUGAUGAAAAAAUAUGAAGAAGCACUUAAAGAUUUAGAUAAAGCAUUAGAAAUCGAUCCAAAUAAUUGUCAUGCAUUAGGAAAUGUUGAAAAUGUUUCAUCAAAUAGGUUUAUUCGUAUAAUGGUUGGAUAA